GUUUCUUUGUAUUUUUAUAACUAUCCAAGUCUGGUCUGGUCUGGUCUGGUCUGAACUGGUCUGGUCUGGUCUGGACUGGUCUGGUCUGGUCUGGUCUGGGACAAAUUACAGUCCAAGUAAAAACAUCCUAUAUCUUUUAGAAAGGGCAGGUGGGGCGCUAUUCUACCGACCCAGGCACAGGCCGUUCGUGUCGGCCACUUCCCGCCGGUGGAGACGGCGGUCGCAGCAGAGCAAGGGCGGCCCGAAAGCUUAUAUCCGGCGGAAGCUCGACCGAACUACUGAACAUACUUAUUCUGAGCUCGAAAAACCACCAUUAAUGGCGGAAUCAUGAAGCUCUCCACCGGUAUAUCCCACAGGUCGCGUCGGCCGAGUCGGCCGAGUCAUGGAAGCUCGAACGGCGAUCGACCAGGUGGGGGAGUAAUCAGCGGUUGACCGGCGAUGACGACGGCGGUGUGGUGAUGCUCUGGCGGCGGAGUUGCUCCGGUGAACAGGAGCGAGGCGCGAACCUGCGACCGUCGCCCAGUCACGCUGUAGAUGACGAGCAGCUAGGAGAGCCCGGAACUGGUUUCCUCAGGUUGCUGGUCCACCGGACCGAUCCACGUCCAUAGUUGCCUUCCCCGACCAACAGAGCUUUGCACCGGAAUUCCUCUUCUUCUCCGAUCUAGAACUCCUCAGAAUUCUUCUUUCCAGGAUAUCUUUUUCUUCUUUUUUGUUGAAAUCGGUCCUUCUCAUAUGAAAAAACUCAAGAACGGUAGAACACACGAAUCUUUUUGGACAGAUUCCCACAGACGGCGCCAGUGUUGAGUUUAAUCCAACACGAUAUAGUAAAUAUAUGUAUGAACACUCAGUUUUUACGUGGAAACCCGAAAGGGAGAAAACCACGGGACUUUUUAGGCUAAUGUCCAAGCCCUCUCUUUCUCAUUAGGACUCUCCUCACCAUUACAUUGUACAAGCUCCCAUUAAUGGAGUAUUGAGCUAAGUCUAAAAGAAUGAGGGAGGUGGAGCUAAAAAAGGAUCCUUUACAUGGAGGGAAAACCUCAUAUUUAUAGGGGAAAGGGGAAGGGUGCUCUCCACCCUAAUGGGCCAAAUACGGGCCUACUGGGCCAAGGUGGGCCGGAUGGCCAGAAUGGGCCGAAACGGGCCUUUCGGACGGGCUCCGUACUAUAUCAAGUCUUGGGCUCCGGAACAGUAAUAGGCCGGGAUAAUAUAUCCCAACAAUUGGAAAAAAAAUUAUGACGAAAUAAUAUUAUAAACUUGUCCCUAAGCCUACUUUCCUUGUACUGUUCUGGGCCCCUAAAAUAUCAUGACCGGGCCUAUGGUGAUGUUGGGAUAUUGGGUCCAGGCCCAAUAUCCCUAGGCCCAAAGCCGGGAAGAAGCAGCAAGCCCAAAGAACUCCCGAACGGCAUUCGGGAUAAAACUUAUACUUGGAACAUUCUGGGUAACGAUUAUGCCAAGGUAUCAAGGCCCAAAUAUCGAUCGGCGUUCGGGAUACUUCAAGUAGAAAUUGUCACCUAUGGCGGGGUCCCACACACCGAACACCUUGCCCGAACGGGCAGUCAGCAAGUGGAGGCCGCAUUUAAUGCUGGAUCAUGACAGUUGCAAGUGGGGGCAUGAGUGCUUACAUGGCAGAGGCGAUGGCCUACCAGAUUCGACCACGUGUCCACCUUACCCAUCCCCAUCUUAGUAUAAAUAUCCAUGUUUAGAUCAUUGUAAGGGGUUAGCAUUUUAAUACUCAGAGCUUAGCAAUAGAUUUACAUCUCCUAUCCUUGUAAUCUCAUAUCCAUCUACCGUUCGGGUAGUCUCAGUGUAAUCACAUAUUUAUCGAAUAUCAGUAAGCUUCUGAGUUGAGCAAAUAUCUCACUGUUUUAUAUUUUAUACACAUUUUAAUCCAACCCUACAUACCUACAAUAUCCGAGGCUUGUGUUGGGCUUUCGGGUCUUCGGGUAUAAACCUCAACAUUGGCGCCGUCUGUGGGAAACGAACUAAAAGUUCAAGGAAAACAGCUGAGCUAAGCACCAUUUUUUGAAAUGGCUAGGCUUCAUACCGCUACACCGAGUUCUGCAUCCAGAGGACGAGGAGGCCACGGAUCCUCUGAGGGAUGGUCCAGGCAAGGACACGCCAGUGGCAGUGCCACCCGGGAGUUCGAGCAAAUCAUCCCCCAGGAUGUGAGGAUGAACCCUCAGUUGAUGAGGGAUAUGGCGGAGGCCAUGCAACGCAUGGCGGACGAACAGGAACGGGGCUACACGGAUGAAACUCAUGAGCCACCAUCCCCGUUGCGUCCCAUGCCAUCUUUUGACGAAGAGGAGGACGUCGAGACUACGAUGGCCUCAGUUCAUUCCGAGGAACGCCGCAGGAACCACUGGAGGGCCCAUACCCCCAGACGAGGAGCACCAACCAGCCGAACCCCGUCCGCCCCUCGAAACGGACACAGGGAACCUACCCCCAUGAUAGAUCCCGUUGGACAAAACUUCCAAUAUAUCCAGAGGGAUGGGGAACGCUUCAUCCGGAGGAGGGCUAACAUAGCUGCUCCUCCCCAGAACAGAGUACCGGAAUGUGUGGAUGCUCGGAUACCACACACUCCCCGAACGGCCCAAGACGACGAAAUGGCCGAAAUGAGGAGACAGAUGACUGAGCUCAGAGAGCAGGUCAAUCGGGCGCCCCAACAAACCCCGCCAGCACGGGUUGGGAUCACCUCUCCCUUUACUAGGGAAAUCAUGAACGCCGAAAUCCUGAAGGACUGCCGUCCCUCGACCGGCUUAGCAUACGAUGGGGUGGGAGAUCCCCACGUACACCUGAGGAGUUACCAGGGUGGCCUCAUGCUAUUGGGGGCCACCGACGCGGCAAUAUGCAGGCUGUUCUUCAGUACCCUUCGGGGACCAGCCCAGGAAUGGUUCGGAACAUUACAACCCGGGUCGAUCGGGAGCUUUGCGGAGCUAUCCACCUUGUUCUUGGCUCAGUUCGCCUCCAGCACAACCCCGAAAUUACAUUUCGGGUAUCUAACCAGUGUGAGGCAAGGGCCUAGAGAAUCAAUCUCCGGAUUCCUCACCAGGUGGAGGACCGAAACCCUGAAGGUGACCGGCAUGACAGAUGAGACGGCCAUCCUUCUUUUCACCGAUGCCCUUCAGACGGGGGAUUUAUACAGGGAGCUGAAGAGGAAUCCGGGGACCAGCUACCCAGACAUCCUGGAAAGGGCCAGGAACUAUGCGGCCCUGGAAGAAGAGAUCAGGAUAAGGGACCGAACGGCCCCGCAACCUCCCACUUCAAGACUGGCAGAACGUCUGGGACCCACACCAGCGACUGCAGCACCUCAUCGAAGGACUCCACGCUUCACCCCCCUGGUCAUGUCUAUAGCCGGUGUUUUCCAUUUGGAACACAACGCUAUUCCUCCCCCUACUGACACAAGGCCCGUGAUGGGACCUACCCCGAGCUCUUACUGCAGAUACCACCAGCGCAAUGGGCACCUCACGAAGGAUUGCCACGCCUUACAUGUGGCAAUUGAGGACCUGAUCCAAAAGGGAUACCUGAGGAAGUAUGUCAGCACCAACCUGAACGGCCCUUCCCCCAACCAGCGCCCUCCCCGAUCCAAUAGCUGGAAGCGGGAUGCCCAGCGGGAUGCAGAGCCCAGUAAUGAUUCAUACCUUCCCCCUAUAGAAGAGGCUGAGGGGUCUGGGAAUCCGGGAAAAAAGCCACGAUUGGAGGUGAAAGUCAUCUUUGGCGGGGGAGAGACCGGGGAUACGGCCGCCGAACGUAAGAAAUUUGAGCGCAGCCUCUAUGUCGCCACUGUAGCUGCACCUCCCACAAAGAAGGGCCGCCUAGAGCCAAUCACGUUCGGGGUGGCUGAUUUACCCAACUCACCAAGUCCGCACAGGGACGAGCUAGUGGUGAGUAUGUGUAUAGACAACGCCUUGAUCCACCGAGUUCUGGUGGACACGGGAAGUAGUGUGAACGUGCUGUAUUUACGCACGUUGGAGAAGAUGAAGCUAAAGAAGGACCAGCUGACCAAGCUGAAAACACCGCUGGCUAGCUUCACCGGCAAUGUAAUAGAGGCUGAGGGCACCAUCCAGCUUCUGGUGGAAAUUGGUGAUGAAAUUCACCGAGCGGCAGUCCGAAUGACGUUUGUGGUGGUGGAUAUUGCAUGUGCCCACAACGCCAUUUUGGGCCGUCCGGGGCUAGAAGAUUUGGAGGCAAUUGCCUCUGUUCGACACUCAUGCAUCAAAUUCCCGACUGACACUGGUGUAGGAGUGGCUCGAACAGAUCCUGCCAUAGCCCGAACGUGCUACCGGGAAGCUUUGAAACAAAUGACCACCCGGGGACAGCGGGGUAAACAGCAUUGAGGUACAGACCCGGCGUACGGAGUUCGAGGGACGCCCCGAGCCAGCCACCCUCCUAGAAUACAUCGAGCUUGAUUCCCCUCCCGAUCGUAAGAUUGCGAUCGGGGUGGACCUUGAAGGGGGAAUCAGGGAGGGGGUGAUCGCUGUCCUCAAGAGAUUCCAGGUCCUAUUUGCCCGAGGACCCGAAGAUAUGCCGGGAAUUGAUCCGGCCCUCAUCUGCCACAAGUUGGCCGUUCGGCCUGAUGCCAGGCCAGUCCAACAGAAGAAGAGAUAUCAGGCGGCCGAACGGCGGGAAUUCACAAAGCAGGAGGUAGCCACCUUACUGAGAAUCAGGCACAUUAGACCAGUCAUCCAUGUCGAAUGGUUGGCUAAUGUGGUCCUUGCUCCAAAAGGAUCUACUUGGAGAAUGUGUGUGGACUACUCCGAUCUGAACAAAGCCUGCCCCAUGGACCCCUAUCCGGUCCCACGAAUAGACCUGCUGGUGGACGAAACGGCAGGAUGUGAACUGCUGAGCUUUAUGGAUGCCUUCCGGGGUUAUCACCAAAUCUUCAUGCACCCAGAUGAUGCAGAAAAAACUGCGUUCGUCACCUCGGACGGCGUGUUCUGUUAUAUCGUCAUGCCGUUCGGGUUGAAGAAUGCAAUGGCCACUUUUCAAAGAAUGAUCGGCAUACUCUUCAAAGAGGUACUGGGGGUAACCAUGGAGGCAUAUGUGGAUGACAUCCUAAUCAAGAGCAGGAAGAAGGAGGAUCAUGUCCGGGAUAUGGAAAGAGUCUUCGGGAUCAUGCAGAAGGCCAACAUGAGACUGAAUCCAAAAAAGUGCGCCUUCGCAGUCAAGGGGGGCAAAUUUUUGGGUUAUAUGAUGAGUGAGCGGGGAAUUGAGCCUAAUCCUGAGAAAGUGAAAGCAAUCAUGGACAUGGAGGCACCGCGGAACUUGAAAGAAGUUCAGAAGUUGACUGGAAGAUUAGCGGCUUUGAGCCGAUUCAUGGCUAAGCUGGCCGAUCGUGCCAUCCCAUUUUUCCAAAUAAUGAAAAAGGCCAACCCGUUCGAAUGGACAGCAGAAUGUCAGGCAGCUUUUGAAGAGUUCAAAUUGUACCUGUCUUCCCCCCUGGUCUUAGCUAAAGCAGACCCAGGGGAACAUCUCUACAUGUAUCUGGCUGUGGCUGAUCUGGCGGUCAGCUCUGUUUUGUUAAAGGAAGAUGAGGGUGUCCAGCGCCCUAUUUACUUUGUGAGCAAAGCCCUGAACGGGCCAGAAACCAGGUACACCCUAAUGGAAAAAACCAUUUUAGCAUUGAUUGCUACCAUCAAGCGACUGGCGCCCUAUUUCCAAGCACACCCAGUCACCAUCUACACCACCCAGCCCCUGGCCACCAUUCUGAGAAAUCCCAUGGCAAGUGGGCGUAUCACCAAGUGGUCCCUCCUGAUCGGGCAGUAUGAAAUAGACUUCAAGCCUCGCCCCACGAUCAAGGGACAGGCUUUGGCUGACUUCAUUGCCGAAUGCACUGCCAGAUCAACUGAAGAAGGAGCGGACGGAGGAGUACAUGACCAGUGGUGGGAAAUGUAUGUGGAUGGAGCAUCCAGUAACAAAGGCUGUGGUGGGGGUGCUGUGAUCACAUGCCCCGAGGGAUUCAAGGCAUACUACUCCGUACAGUUUGACUUCAAGGUAACCAACAAUGAGGCCGAGUAUGAGGCCCUUAUUGCUGGUUUAAAGUAUGCCAAGGCCCUGGGGGCCAGCAGAUUAAAGGUUCGUUCGGAUAGUCAGCUGGUGGUAAGCCAGAUUAAUGGAUCUGCCGAGGUUAGGGAAGAACGGCUAAAAGCCUACAAGGAACUGGUUGAGGAAGAAAUCGGCAGGUUCGAACAGGUGGUGAUUGACCAGAUUCCCAGAAUCGAAAACAGUGAGGCAGACAUCCUAUCCAAACUGGAAUGCGCCGUUCGGGAUGAUCAUGCCCCGGGCAUCCCUGCACACAUCCAGAAGUUCGCACAGAAAGAAAUACUGACCACACCAGCAACAAUGGUUGUGCGGGUAGAUGCCGUGUCCUAUGCCGUUCCAAGCUGGGUCACUGACUUGACAAAUUACCUAAAGGACGGGACUUUGCCGAACGAUAAAAAUGACGUAUACAACCUCACUUGUAUACAAAGAAGGGCCCCAAUGUUCGAACUAGUGGACGGACAGCUGUACAAAAAGACGUUCGGGGGGCCAUAUCUGAAAUGCCUUCCACCCGAUCAGGCAGCCGCUGUGAUGGAAGAAAUUCACGAAGGUAUCUGCUCCAGCCAUCAGGGGCCAAAAACCCUGGCUAGGAAAAUCAUCCUGCAGGGUUACUAUUGGCCAACUAUUCAGCAGGACUGUUUUGGGCACACAAAGAAGUGCAAAAUAUGUCAGCUCUACGCACCAGUACCUGGGCGGCCCGCGACCUUUUACACUCCAAUGACCAUAUCAUUACCGUUCGCUAGAUGGGGGAUCGACUUGCUAGGGCCCCUACCUACUGCGACCGGAGGAAGGAAGUACAUCAUAGUAGGGAUUGACUACUUCACCAAAUGGGUGGAAGCCGAACCCCUGGCCAGUAUCACGGAGUUUCAAUGUCAACGUUUUGUUUGGCAGAAUAUUAUAUGCAGAUUCGGGCUGCCCGAGCAGGUCAUCACGGAUAAUGGACGACAGUUUGUGAGCAAGAACUUCGAGGAAUUCCUCACUAGAUGGGGAAUCAAGCAUUCAAGGGCUUCCGUAGCAUAUCCGCAGGCGAACGGGCAGGUAGAGAACAUGAACAGAACCAUCAUGGAUGGUAUAAAAAAGAAGCUCGAAGAUUACGCAUCAACCUGGCCCGAACAGUUAAACUACGUCUUGUGGACAUACAGGACAACUCCCCGAACAGCAACCGGAGAGACACCGUUCGCCCUCUCUUAUGGAUUUCAGGCUAAGGUCCCAACUGAGGUCUUGGUGCCCACUCACAGAACCAUCCACUAUGAUCCUGAGCAGAAUGAGGACAAUCUGCGUGUGGAACUCCACUUCAUAGAAGAAAGAAGGGAUCUCUCAGCUCUACGAAUGGAGGAAUAUCACCGGGCAACUAAGAGGUAUGUGGAUAAACAGGCUAAAAUCCGUUCGAUCGAAGUCGGAGACCUUGUCCUGAGGAAUAGAGAAAAAAGCAAACCGCUAGAGGGCGGGAAGAUGUCAAAGAAUUAGGAGGGACCAUACAGAAUCUGGAAAAAAUACCGGACGGGGACCUUUUCACUACAGGAUACCGAAGGCCGUCCGGCAGGGAUAUGGAACGCUACGCAUUUGCGAAAAUUUUAUCAAUAAAAAACGGCUGUUGCCACCUCUGAAAAAAAAAAAAAAAAAAAAAAAAAAAAAAAAAAAAGAGUGUUCGGGAAGCAAGUCAUUCGGAAACAGAUCAAUCUUUAUUCUUCGGCACUACUGACCGGGAAUUAUACAUGAGAAAAAGAAAAGGAGAUUACAACAGAGAUAACUAAGCUACGGGAGGAUCCUUGUUCGGCACGGCAUCCGAGUCCGGGGGAUUGGCUGAAUCUUUAGCCUUCUGCCUCUUCUCCAUCACCCGUUGAUAAGCACGGCAGAAUAAGGGGUCGAAACCUUCCUCCUUGGGGUCGAAGGGUUCAUCGAAUGAUUCCUUGAUCACUUCCAGAUUCCGGUCGACCAGCAUAUCCUGGCACUUAACAAGUGUGUCCCUUGCUAGGGCAUUGGCGAAGGCUGUCCCGGACGGGGUCUCAUCCAGGAGCUGGAGGCCGUCACGAAGAGGAUCCUUACUCUUCUUCAAGAACUCCCCAAGAUGCUUCCCAAGGAACUCCCGGGCAGUCUCCUCCAGGGCUACGUUCAAACCUUUACCUCUUUGGAAAUCAAUCACUGCCUGCUGAGUGAUUUUAGAAAUAUCGGCCUGAACGGGUGCUGCUGGCUGUCCGCCCUCUUUAGGCUGGGUCUUUUUAAACUUAACACCAGCAGCUUCGGCAGCAGCAAUCUUGUCCUUCAGCGCCCGGAUCUCCCGAUCGCGACGCUGGAGCCUCUGCUCCAAUUCGGCCAAUUCAGCCCUGGCCUUGUCACCCUUGUUGGCCCGAUCUUGGAGAUCUGCAGCCAUUUUCCUAGCAGCAGCCAAAAGGGUUUGGCUCUCGUCCAGCUCCUGAUGAAGGAGGGUCAUCUCCCGCUCAGCUGCUAGGAAGGCCCGGUGAUAGUAUGUACCGGCCUGUGGAAAAAGAAACAGCAGUAAGAACAAGUUCAAAAAAAAAAAAAAAAAAAAAAAAAAAAAAUUAUAAAAAGAAAGAACUGAACGGUCAAAAGCAUACCUUAAGGGACUCAGCAUGGCCUGCUUCGACCAAAUCAGACCAAUGGGUCAAGUUGGUGAAGCCCUCGCCAGCUUUCAAAGAAGUGCUGCACCACAUGGAGGAUGCAGUCUGCCCGAACAGCGUCCGGCAUUCAGCUCGGGGACCCAUGGCAGAAAACUCCACCGUCAACCGAUCGGGGAUCGGGAGACUACCUGAAGGUUUGCCUCCCCUAUCGCCCAGCUUCCUUGAAGGGGAGGGGACCAUGGGCAUCCUUUCCACAGAAGGAUCCGUCAGGUCAAUAACCUGGUCAAUCGGGACCAAGGCGCCGCUGCUUUCGAUUCUCGGCCGCUUGUUUACUGGCCCAGAUUCCCGGCCAGCCAAAGAACCUGACUGAAUAGCCUUCUCCUUUCCCUUGCUAACUAUGGCGGUGGAGGAAGGAGUAGGAGCAGGACGCUUUAUGGAGACGGGGGGAAUCACACCUACAGGAAAGAACAAAGAAAAAUGAACAAGAGGUUGAAAGAUACACCGAACGAACAAAGUAAGGGAAGAAACAUACCAAUGCCAGCAGCUAGCAUCUUAGCAGGAGUCAAAAAGGACCGUAGGUUCUUGGAACCGGCCAGACGGAGCCUUUCGUACUGACAGACAAUAUCUGCGUCCACCUUUGGGGAGGCAUCCUGAACGGGGUAGGUGUUCCACCGAUCAGGAAAAGGAAGCGGCGACCCCACAUGAACGAACAAAAAUCGUUCCUCCCAUUUCCCCGGCGGGGUGGGGUUGUCGGUGAAGAGCGAACGGCCAGGGCGGGCGACAAGCCGCAGGUACCCGGUGGUCCAAUAGGGCUGGACGCCGUAGCAGUGCAAAAAGAGGUCGGCGCUAGGGGCAAUCCCCAACUCAUGGCACCAGACGAUAAAACCGUUCAGGAUCCUAUAAGUGCUAGGCACGAACUGUGCUGGCAGUACUGAGACCCGGCGAAGGAACUCCGCAAUAAAAGGGUGCAACGGGAACCGUAGACCGGCGAUCAGCGCGUCCAUGUGAACCAGCACACAUCCCGGACGAUGCCGCAUGGGAUGCUUAAUAUACCCCGCAUAAAACUGACGGGGUGGCGGUAGUAAUUGGCGGAGUGUCUGUUCUGCAUCAGCAGGAAGGCGUUGACGUUGCUUCCUGAUGCAGUGGAAGUUCAAACUAUAACGGGGGGGCCGUUCAGGCAUGCCCUUGUUAUAGAUGGCUAGGUCAUCUCCCGACUGACAUCCAUCAUCAGGGAGGGGCUGUUCGGGAUGAAGUGAGGCAGAAGACCCGUUAGAACCCGACGAUCGGGUAGAUGUGCCUUGAUCUUUGGGGUGAGCUUUUCCCCUCGAAUGGCGAAUCAGAGUGGACACCAUCUCUUCGGAAUCUGACGAACCAGAAAAGGCAGAUAUAAAAUAACAGAGAAGAUUCUAGAGAGAGAAAGCUUGAAGGAAUUCAGAAGCAGCAGAAAAAACUGAAACAAAGUAGCUGCGUCCUUAUAUAAGGAAAAGCUACCGCCAGGAAUUCGAAUGAGUAAUAGACACGUGUCAAGACGGUUGGGAGAAGUUAAAG